CGCUGCUUCAACGUGACAAACUUACUGUGUUAUACUGCUUAUGUAUGCUACUAUGCACACCAAAAAUGGUUGCAAUUAUGUCGCGAAGCCAUAUUUACCAGACCUUUCGGCUUUCCGGUACCAAUUUAAAUAGUCAAUAAUAUUUUACUGUUAUUAAGAUAAAGGAAAAUGACGACGACGUUUCCUCGUACGAUGGGUUAUGGACUGGGAAGCAGCUUGCGGGGAGGGUCUACUUGGGGACACGACCCAUACGAUCACCAGAUGCGUGACCAAACCAUGACUGCCGCUCCAACGUUUCCCCCAUUCAAGUUUGAGGCGCGGCGGGCACGCAUUGACUGGCGCCUGCUGCAUGGCAUUGACAUCAGCGCGAUGAUGCGCGACGUGGACCUGGACACGCUGGAGAAGAUUGUCAACAUCGUGGCCUUUGGUGACAUCGAAGCAGAGGACACUCGCCAUCUUACGGAGCUGAACUUCAUUAAAAUCUUCAGACUCUCGCAGAUGAUGAUUGAGUACCUACUAUAUGUACAGGACUGCCUGCAGAGCAGCAACAGCUGGCUUCAGCAGGACAGGAACAAUAUGGACAAGUACAUUCAAGCCGCUCGCCUCCGCCUUCGUGAGCUCGAGGCCAACCUGAAAAUGAACAAGAGGGAGCUCCGCCGCGCGCGCAAAACCAUUAAAACCUACGAGCUGCUGGCCGUUAUCAACGACGGCAAGGCCGCCAAGACCACAACAGCGGCGCCGCCGGCGGCCCCGGUAGCGCCACCGUCCCCGCCGCCACCACCGCCGCCGCCACCGCAGGCGCCGGCCAAACCGGAAAUCAACCCGGUCAACGUGGCGAUGGAGGCGCUGCUUCGCAAGGAGCUGGUGGUGCUAGCAGAGCGGCUGAGCAAGGCAACCAUGGAGUGCCAGGCGCUGCGGGGGGAGCGGGACGACCUCUACCAGGCUGUGAAGGACCUGGAGGCUUCUGUGAAGGCGAGGGCACAUCUCAGCGGAGGGUCCAGUCCUCAGGGCUAUAUCCGCCAAAACCAGGAGGCCUUGCAGACGAUUCAGGGGCUUCAGGACCAGCUCAACCGGGCCACGGCCGAGAUCACCAAACUGCGGAACGAGAAGGACGAACUAACGGUGGAUCUGGAGCGGGCCACAACGGACAACCGCCAACUGGUGGACGAGAAGGGCAGGCUGCUGGCGGAAAUCGCCUCCAGGCCCGCCGAAACUGGGCCAGCAUCCGACAACCGGCCCGUCAGUGACAACCUGGGCAGCCUGCUGCUUGAUGCGGAGCGCCAAAAGGCGGAAAUUAAGGACGAACUGGAAGAGGCACGCGCCGAGAUCGCCGCGCUUCAGAAGCAGCUGAUGAAGGCCAUGAAGGCUACGGCCUUUGCGCCGAUGGGGAUGCUACCGCCGUCUCAGGGCCCGGACGAGCGCGUGGUGCGGGAGCUUGAGCUUGCCAAGGCUCAGCUGGAGAAGGAGCUGGCGGACGUGAAGCGAACGUACGAUGAGGACGUACGGCAGCUGCAUGAGGAGCUGGAGAUGACUCAGGCCAAGGCUGUGGAGGCUGAUCGCAGGCUUGCGGAGUUGCGUGCCACUGCCGCAGCUGCUCCCGGCGAGCGCACGAGCGUGCAGCCGGCCGGCGGGUUUGUGAAGGUGGUGGAGGAGCGGCGGGGCGACCGCAGCGAUGACGAGCAGGACGCUAGCGUGAGAAACCUGAAGAAGCUCCUGGCGGAAUACGAGGCCAUGAACGAACGCCUAAACCAGCAACUAUCGCAGCUCAAGGACGAGCGAAACACGCUGGCUGAGGAGGUGGAGCAGCUUAGGUCGCAGCUGCAGAGCCGCCCAUCGCCUGCUCGGCUGUCUCCUGCCGCAGGUGACCAAAGCAUUGGCCGAGAUUGGCGUACGGAAGAGAUCGAACGUCUCAAGGGAGAGUGCGACGCUUCCCAGCGGCGAGUCCAGAGUCUUGAGGAGGCUCUUCGGGACCGUGAUGCGCUUGUGGAGCGGCUGCGCGCGACCAUCCGUGACCUGCAGGCUCAACUCGAGGAGCGCACGCGGCAGCAGCAGGAGACUGAGGCUAGCAUGGGACGCGUGAAGCAGCAGAUCCAGCAAUUCGAGCGGUUGGCAGGGCCCAGCCACGUCAAGACCAGCUCCUUCUCCUUCAUCCCAGAAGACGCGCAGCAGCCUGGCAGCGCCCCCCUGGAAACGCCAUCCUCGGUGCGGAAGCCUAGCCAGCCGGAGGUGCCGUCGCGCACACCCUCACCUGUCGCGUCGUCGCCGCCGUCUGCCACAGCCGGCGACUCGGCUCCACCGGCGUUCACGGCGCCCUCACCCCAGCGGUCCGAGCAGCAGCUGGACCCGUCUGCCAGCAGCAAAUGGCUCCGACGCAUUCCGCGACCGGCGCCUGCGGAGGCCUACAACAUCCAGCAGACCGUGUUGAAGCGCGUGGCGGGCUUAAAGCCCGAGGCGCUGGACAUGAUGCUGGCGGAGGAGAUCCGAGUCAUCACGGAGAAUCCGUACGAGUACGGCGAUGACGACGAAGCGGUGUUCAGGGCCAUGCUGCCGUACGAGCUGGCCGAGCGACCCGGCGUCCUCUCGGUCGAGCGCCACGAGCUCAAGGACCUGGAGACGGCGCGGGGGCUGCUCACGGACCAGCUGCUUGCCGUACUGGAUGACGAGAUGGCUCAGUAUGGCUUGGAUCCGAGUGCCGAGGCGAUCAGCGACAAGGCGUACGCGGCAUCCAUGCAGGAGCUAGCCGCCAAGCGAAGCCAGCUCCUGGAGCGCCAACCGCGCGAGACGCAGGAGCGUGCGGAGCGGCUGCGGGAGGCGCUGCUCACGCACCUUGAGCUCAUGAAACGACUGACGUCGGAGCAGCAGGUACGGGAGCAGCAGCAGCGGCUGCAGGAGGAACAGCGGCAGGCGGGGGCCCUUGCAGGCGCCGCUAUGUCUGAGAUUCAACCCGAGGGAGCCGUUGAAGGCGGCAGGCAGGCUACUGCGGGGAGCGGCGCUGCGGCAGGUACGGGUGCUGUGGCGGUGGCGGUGGCGGCAGGCGCUGUGGCUACGGCUGCGGCUGUCACUGCUGGGGUGGUAGCGGCAUCACGUGCGCAGUCAUCGUCUGGCGCCUCGAGUCACGACGAGCCGCCCGCUGCUGCCUCAGCAGCUGCAGCGGCACCGCCCCAAUCACAGCUGCCCGCCUUUCCCCCGCGGCAGCCCAGCCUCCCUCGGAGCAUCAGGACCAGCAGCGGCGGGGACAUGGAUGAGCUGCGGGGCAUGCUGCCGGCGCCUGGGAUGCCCCCCGCUGGAGCGGCCCAAAGGCCAAACCCUGAAACCGUCCAAGCCGAGCGGUCGCGGACUAGCGUGCCUGGGCAAGGCCCUGCCGGCAGCACACGCACCAGCCCCGCCACCUCACCCCUGCAGCGCUCCCUGCAGCCGGGUGCCGCCCUGCCUGACAGGCCCACAGCUGACAGCCACCCCGACGCAUCUGUCCCGCCCUCCCACAACAGCAGCAGACGCUCAGCGCCCAAUCAGCAAUCGCUGCCUCGGUCAACCACCUCGCUUGCGCCUGCCUCCCAGCAGCCUUCACGCGAGGCUUCGCAGGGUGCCCCCGUCGUGUUGGGGCAUGCACCGCCGGCGCCUGCAGCCAGGACGGUUACGCCGGCAGCUGCCGCGGCGGCCAGCUCGCCCGGCGGCAACAUGAACAUGUCCAUUCGGUCCGUCAAGUACCAGGACUCGGACUUUGACGACGAGGAUGACGUGGUGCCGUUGCCGCAACCGAAAGCAGUGGCGCGUGUGGUGGAGGACGAGUACACGCUGACGGAGGACGAGGAGGCUCAGCACGACAUGGGCAUCCAGGACAGCGACGACGACUUUGCCCCCGUCAGUGCCCAGCCCAAGAUCCUCAUGCGCGGCGGGGCAUCGUCGCCGCCAGCGCCUAGCCGGUUCGCCCCCACCCCCGCCCCAGCCGCUACGUCCGCUGUCACGCAGAGCAGGGGUUGGGCAAACGACGAGCCGCUUCAGCGGGCCCCAGCGCCGUCAGCUACCAACCAGAGAUCGAGCGAAACAGCCGAGAUUGAGGAGUUGGAGUCCAUCCAGUCAUUCAACAACACGCUCAGUCAGUCUCUGCCCCGGCGACCCGGGGCCUGGGGCAGCCCCAACAGCACCAUGCGCAAACCUGCGAUGGUACGGGACGUACGAGAGCCGUCGAACCAGAUGAGCGGAACAACCAUCAAGAGCUUUGGCGCCACCAGCGUUUCUCGAGACGAGGUGCAAGGAAUGCAGGAUUUGACGGGCGUCGACUCGUUCACUGAUAACGUUCGUCCGGCAGGGCGCUUCAUGGCGCCACGAUCAGCUUUCCAGGCGGCCGGAGCAGCUCCUUCACGACAGGUGGCAAGGCGCCAAAGCACUUCGAGUGAAGUCUCUGACAUCGAGUACAUCUAAUGGCCAAGACCCACUACGCCUGGGAAGCUCAGGCACCAGACCGCGCAUACGCGACUGGUGACGUUCGUGCUUCCAACAUCGCAGAUGUCCAAUGUCAUCUGUAAUGUACACGAUCCACAGUGGGGCUUUUGUAUCUUCACCUGGUUAACAAACCAGUAACCCUUGUUCCCUUUUAGGGAUCCACUGUAACGGUCCUUCAAUCAA